AUGGAGUCCGAAAUAUCUGCAGUCCUCCCCUCUCUCGACCCAGUCAUCACAGAGUACUCUGUUGGCUUCCUCAACCAUGCGUCGACCUCAACUUCGCCCGACGCGGACAUUGAGCUCGCUGAAGCCAUUAGCACUGUAAGAUCAAUUCUCCUCGACGCGGCACCCCCGUCUGUGUCAGAAGAGUCGAUCACCGCGCUGGUAGAAAAGCUUGUAAGACAGCUCGAUGAGGCUCACGGGGAUGAAAGGAAGCUUGCGUCUAGUAAGGCGAAGAAAUUGGACCAGACGAUCCACAUGGCAUCGCAGCGCAACAUAUCCUCGACUAUGGGGCUUGUCGGUACUGGGAUUGAUAUCGAUGCAGUUGGAACAAGGAAAGUGGAGAGUAAGGUCGAUAAGAAGAAGCUCGAAAAGGCGGAGAGGAAGAUCAAGGCAAAACAGGACAAGAAAGUUAUGAAGAACGUUACGUAUGAGGCGUCAAAGUUAAUCACUGCAGACGAGGAGAACUACGACGACUUUUAUAUGCAGGUCAAUCCUCUUACUUUGGGAUCGGGAUCGCAAGGGAAGAGCAAGGAUAUCAAGUUGGACCGUGUGGAUGUACAGAUUGGAGGAUUGAGGAUAUUGAGCGAUACCACGCUUACUUUGGCAUAUGGAAGAAGAUAUGGUUUGGUCGGUCAGAACGGUAUCGGUAAAUCCACGCUACUUCGCGCACUCUCCAGACGUGAAAUUGCUAUUCCUACGCAUAUCACAAUUUUGCAUGUCGAGCAAGAGAUUAUGGGAGAUGAUACUCCCGCUUUGAAGGCUGUUCUCGAUGCCGAUGUUUGGCGUAAACAUCUUCUCGCCGAACAAGAACGCAUCACUAAGGAGCUCGCUGCCAUUGAAUCUCGCCCCGACCCUAUCACUGUCUCUGCAUCCUCAGGCUACCCUAAUGCGGAGCGUGAAGAAUUGGACACCAUCCUCACCGAUAUUCACUCCAAGCUCGCGGAAAUGGAAGCCGAUAAGGCCGAAUCUCGCGCUGCGUCUAUUCUUGCAGGUCUUGGUUUCUCACAGGAACGCCAACAGCACGCUACCAAGACAUUCUCCGGUGGUUGGCGUAUGCGUCUCGCCCUUGCUCGUGCCUUGUUCUGUAAACCCGAUCUUCUGCUUCUCGACGAGCCGUCUAACAUGUUGGAUGUGCCGUCUAUUACCUUCUUGUCCGAAUAUCUCCAGGACUACCCGUCCACUGUUCUCGUCGUCUCCCACGACAGAGCCUUCCUUAACGAAGUCGCUACAGAUAUCAUUCACCAGCACUCUGAGCGUCUCGACUACUACAAAGGUGGUAACUUUGACGCUUUCUACGCUACGAAAGAAGAGCGUCGCAAGACCGCAAAGCGUGAAUAUGAGAACCAGAUGGCCUACCGAAAGCAUCUCCAAACUUUCAUCGACAAGUUCCGUUACAAUGCUGCGAAGUCGUCAGAAGCGCAAUCUCGUAUUAAAAAGCUGGAAAAACUACCGAAAUUGGAGGCUCCAGACGACGAGUACACAGUCGUAUUCAAAUUCCCGGAGGUCGAGAAGCUGUCACCUCCGAUCAUCCAGAUGACCAACGUGUCCUUCUCAUACACCCCUGGAAAACCAAUAGUGGAGAAGGUCGAUCUUGAUGUACAGCUUGAUUCUCGAAUCGGUAUCGUCGGGCCCAACGGAGCUGGUAAAACUACUGUAUUGAAGUUGUUGAUUGGACAGCUGCAACCAUCUGGUGGAUUAAUUACACAGAACCCGCGACUCCGGAUUGGAUUCUUUGCGCAGCAUCACGUUGACGCACUCGACCUGACACAGAGCGCUGUGGGUUUCUGCGCAAAGAUGUUCCCCGGGAGAACGGAUGAGGAGUACAGAAGACACUUGGGAGCGUUUGGUAUUACGGGAACAACGGGGUUGCAGAAGAUGGCGCUAUUGUCAGGAGGUCAGAAGAGUAGGGUAGCGUUUUCAUGUUUGAGUUUGACAAAUCCUCAUAUCUUGGUACUUGACGAACCGUCUAAUCACUUGGAUGUGGAGGCCAUGGAUGCGCUGUCAGAUGCGCUCCGCAAUUUUCAGGGUGGUGUACUCAUGGUAUCCCACGACGUCACCAUGUUGGCGAAUGUAUGCAAGAGACUUUGGGUGUGUGAUAACGGAACAGUCGAGGCGUUUGCGGGUGAUAUCCAGGCAUAUAAGAAGAGGAUCAUCGAACAGGCCAAUUCGAAGGGGGUGGUUACUCAGAACCAUCAUUCGUAG